AUGUCACCAUUCAGUCUUCUUAUGAAGAAAGGUGCUCCUUUUAAUUUGGACCAAACAUGUAGCGAAGCCUUUAAAAGUAUCAAAUCGUAUCUAGUGAAACCUCCGGUUUUGGCAGCCCCUAUGCCUGGAAAACCAUUGAUACUCUACAAUGCAGCACAAGAAAGGUCUGUAGGAGCCCUGUUAGCUCAAGAGAAUAGUGAAGGCAAAGAAAAUGCUCUUUAUUACUUAAGUAGAACAAUGACGCCAAAUGAGCUAAAUUAUUCGCCAAUUGAAAAGUUAUGCUUGGCACUGGUCUUCUCAAUUCAAAAGAUGAAGCAUUAUUAUCAAGCUCAUGUUGUCCGACUUAUUUCUAGAGCAAAUCCCAUCAAGUUUUUUAUUUCAAAACCUGUCCUUAGUGACCUACUAGCAAGAUGGUACCUCCAAUUCCAACAAUUUGAGAUUGUGUACAUCCCUCAAAAAUCCGUGAAGGGACAAGCACUAGCGGAUUUCUUAGCAGACCAUCCUAUACCAAAUGAUUGGGAGUUAACUGAUGAGUUUCCUGAUGAAGAUGCGAUGUUAAUUGAAUUUCAACCUCCUUGGAAAAUGUACUUUGACGGGGCUGCACAUCGCGGCGGAGCUAGUGCUGGCGUGGUGUUCAUCACUUCACAACAAGAGAUUCUACCAUUCUCUUUUAUUCUAAAACAAUGUUGCUCCAAUAAUGUCGCUGAAUAUCAAGCACUGAUACUUGGACUUGAAAUGGCCGUUGACAUGAAACAAUUACAUUUACAGGUCUUUGGUGACUCUCAAUUGGUGAUUAAUAAACUCUUAGGAAGUUAUGAGGUAAAAAAUCCUGAAUUGCGACCUUAUCAUGAUUAUGCUCAAAAGUUGAUAAGAUGGCUUGGGGAUUUAAUUCUUCAACAUGUGCGUCGAACAGAGAAUAAGAAAGCUGAUGCAUUGGCUACUCUAGCUUCAACGCUAACCCUUCCUGAUCAAACGCAAGUAACUGUCUGUUUAAAAUGGAUAGUACCACCGUCAAAUGAGGAAGAAUAUAUUGAAAAUAAGCUUGAUCAUAUCGUUGCCAUUGUUGAAGCUGCGAAUGAAGAUUGGAGACAACCCAUCAUUGACUACCUAUGUUAUGGGAUACUUCCAGAAAAUCCAAGAAGAAGAACUGACAUACGUCGUCGUGCACCUCGUUUCCUUUACUACAAGGAUACAUUAUAUAGAAGAUCAUUUGAGGGUAUGUUAUUACGAUGUUUGGGAGAGGAAGAAGCGUUUCAAGCCCUGCAAGAAGCACACGUAGGAGUAUGUGGAUCACAUCAAUCUGGACCAAAACAUCAUUUUCACAUAAAGAGGAUGGGGUAUUACUGGCCAACCAUGGUGAAAGAUUGCUUAUAUUAUGCCAAGAAAUGCGAUGCUUGUCAAUUUCAUGCAAAUUUCAUUCAUCAGCCACCCGAAGACCAUUACCAAAGUCUUCUGGUGGACACUUGUACAUCUUGGCUGCAACUGGUUACUUUUCAAAAUGGGCUAAAAUGGGCUGAAGCUGUCGCUCUUAAAGAGGUGAAGAACGAGAAAGUUGCAAAUUUUAUCCGAGUAAAUAUUAUUUAUCGCUUUGGCAUCCCUCGCUAUAUAAUAACAAAUAAUGGCAAACCAUUUGAUAACAAGUUAAUGAACAAGAUUUGUGAUCUUUUUGACUUUAAGCAGCGUAAAUCUUCUAUGUACCAUGCUGCCGCUAAUGGUCUUGCUGAAGCAUUCAAUAAGACUCUAUGCAACCUGCUCAAGAAAGACAACAUAUCGCACACCAACUCAAGCAACACCACAUCACUUGCUUUUGGAGUUGAAGCAGUCCUGCCACUCGAGCGUCAAAUACCCUCCUUAAGACUUGCUAUUCAAGAAGGGCUCACUGAGGAAGAAAAUGCUCGAUUGCGUCUUGCUGAGUCAGAAGCACUUGAUGAAAAGAGGUUAGAAGCCCAACAAAACCUUGAAUGUUAUCAAGCUCGUGUAUCUCGUGCUUUUAAUAAGAAGGUUCACUUGAGGUGCUUUCAAGUAGGAGAUAAAGUUCUCGCAGUAAGAAGACCAAUCAUUACUUCGCACAAGUCUGGGGGCAAAUUUACCUCAAAGUUGGAUGGACCAUAUGUCGUACAAGAAUCUUAUUCAAAUGGUGCUUAUAAGCUUGUUGAUGCUGAUGGCUUAAGGAUCGGUCCUAUUAAUGCCAAAUUUCUAAAGAGAUACUAUCCUUGA